AUGGCGACGCAGACGGAUUCUGUCGCCGCGGGCCAGCCAGCCCAGUCUGCGGCUGACAUUGAGAAGCAGCAAGUAUUGCACCAGGAACAUUCUCACGUGUUGGAUGACGAGAAGAGACCUGCUGUGACAGCUGACUAUUCCGGAGCCGUGGCCAAGACUGAUCCCGCAGAAAUCAAGCUUGUGCGAAAGUUGGACCUCUGGGUCAUGCUAACGGCCUACAGCUACCUUGACCGCAACGCCAUCGCCCUUGCUCGUCUCAACGGCCUUGAGAAGCAGCUCGGCCUCAGCAGCGUUGAAUACUCCACCUGCGUCUCCAUCCUCUUCGUCGGCUAUAUCCUUGGUCAGAUCCCGAGCAACAUGAUCCUCACCCGCGUCCGGCCCUCCUGGUACAUGGGCGGCUUCAUGAUGGCCUGGGCCGUCGUCAGUGCCCUGACCGCCAUCGUCAAGGACUACAAGGGUCUCGUGCUCACGCGUUUCUUCCUCGGUGUGGUCGAGGCGCCAUAUUACCCCGGUGCUCUGUACAUCCUGUCCAUCUUCUAUACCCGCAAAGAGCUUGCGACGCGGAUCAGCGUGCUGUAUUCCGGCAACAUCCUGGCCACCGCCUUCGCGGGGCUCAUCGCGGCAGGUGUCUUCCACGGCUUAGAGGGCGCCCACGGGCUCGAAGGUUGGCGCUGGCUUUUCAUCCUUCAAGGCGCAGUGACCUUUGUAAUCGCCAUGGUCGCCUGCUUCACUCUCCCUGAUGAGCCCCUGACGACGCGCUGGCUCACCCACGCGGAACGGCAACUGGCCCACGCCCGGAUCGAGCGCGACACCGUCGGCGCGCGCCUGCAGAGCAGCACAUGGGCGGGCCUCCGCGAGGCCAUUGUCGACCCGAAGGUGUGGGUGUUUAUCUACAUGCAGCACAUGCACCUGGCUACCAAUGGGUUCAAGAACUUCUUCCCGACGAUCGUGGAGACGCUAAAUUUCAACACGACGAUCACGCUGGUGCUGACGUGCCCUCCGUACUUGAUCGCGGGCGUGCUGUCGAUCGCGUGGGCGUGGAGCUCGGGGAAGUACAACGAGCGGACGUGGCAUAUUACGAUUUCAAAGUGCGUUGCGCUCUUUGGGUUUGUGUUGGCUUGUGCGACGAUGAAUACGGGGGCUCGGUAUUUCGCCAUGGUUGUUUUCACGGUGGGAACGUACGGUGUGAACUCGAUUUUGCUCGGUUGGGUUGGAAGUACGUGCGGACAGACGAAGGAGAAGAAGGCUUCGGCGCUGGCGAUUGUCAACACAAGCGCCAGUAUUAGCUUCAUUUGGACUCCGUACUUGUGGCCUACAUCAGAUGCCCCGAGAUAUGUCAUCCCUAUGGCCAGCAGCGCGGCUUUUUGCGUUGCAUGUGCCGCUGGCGCGUGGUUGAUGAAGUGGAUGCUUGUGAAGGAGAAUAGGAAGAUUCGGCGAAGUGACCAGGAGGCGACUCUGUUUUACGCAUACUAG